AAUUCAGGACGAGGCAGAGGAGCACGGGGACGGUUCAUCUUGGGAUUAUAUGGCAGAGCAAGUCAAAGAUUUAGGCAAUUUAGAGGCACCAGAGGACUUCCAAACUAUAACACGGCAAGAUCUAGCCAAAAUCAGGAGGAAUGAAGAAAGAGUUUCUAAUAAAGGAAGUGCAACCAGGGCAAAGGCUCUCAAGAUUUUUAAAAAAUUAGAAAGAUAUAACAAAGGAUCAGUGGAUAUUAAAGAUAAUAAAGGACAGUUUGGAGCUGGAUCUAAGAUCUUAUCCAAAGCAAACAUUUUUCAGAAGAAAAGAGAUGAAGGAAGAUCAGCAGUUGAUUAUGGAGGCAAUAGAGGAAUUCAAACAGAAGAAAGCAAUAGGAAAGAAAAGAGCAGUUUUAGAUGCAAGAGCCCUGAACAAUGUAUUACCUUACAAAUAUUUCAAGAUGACGACGAUUCGCACAGUGAAGGAGAGUUUGCACAAGGGAGAAUGGAUGACAAAAUUGGAUAUUCAGGACACAUAUCUUCAUAUUCCUCUGAGAUCCUGGGAAAUGAAAAUUCGAUUAUCAGAGUCAACAAGGAAGGAACUAGAAUGGUGGUUGACGUCAUUGGAGAAUUGGAAUGGCAGAGCAAUACUGAUGCAUCCAAUAUGGGAUGGGGAAUAACAACAAAAGAUAUGAAGACACAUGGUUAUUGGACGACACAGGAAUUGGAGGAGUCGAUAAAAGAUGCUGAACCUGGUGAUUUUCAAGAAGAUUCAGCGCAUAUUUCACAAGGUGAGACUGGACUUGUUCGCUUCGAGGCUGACAAAUCAAAUGAAAUGAUUCUUCAGCAAGAUGCAGGACCCGGAAGCAGAGAAAACCGACGCAUUUCGACAGAGAUGGGACAAAACGAAGGCAUACGCGAACCCACCAUGAAGACUGAUCUCAAAAGUGCUGCAGGAAACGAAAAGGCAACAAUUGAGGAAACUGAUUCUAAUAACACCGAGAUGGCUGUCUCAGCAUUGGUUUGCAGAAGCGUUACAAAUGUCUAUCAGAAGUCUAGUAAUACUGAAAGCCAGAAAGAAUCUGAUGAUUCACCUGAAGAAACCGUUGAACAUGAUAAAUCCAUCACGAUGGGAUCACGUCGCAUGGCUAAUAUCCGCAAGAGUUGGGAAGAUCAGGGAUUUUUGGAAAAGACUAUUGAAUUUGAUCUAGUGUCAGUAAUCAAUUUUUUAGCGGACAUGGCGCAAACAGCAACUCUGAAUUCAUUGAAGGCCUAUCGCACAGCAAUAUCAUCAACAAGAAAAGACCUAAAAAUGUCAGAGUGUGAGGAAAUCAAACGAAUUUUUAAAGCAAAACAGGAUUUAGAUGAUACUCCAAGAGAUAAACAACUUCCACGAUGGGAAAUAAUGGAUGUGAUAAAUUCAAUGAAAGCUGUAAGCGAAGCAAAGUCAAUUACCUUAAGAGAGUUAAACAAGAGAACAUUAAUGAUUUUAGCAAUUGUACUAUGUGGAGACCAAGAUCUGACUUAG